UCCGAGGCGCCACAGUCGACACUACUCCCGCGGCCUCGGCGAGCGGUGAAAGGAUCCUCAGCUCAGGAAGCAGUAGCUCAGACCCUGGCCGAUCACUGCACGGUUCGGUUCUCCCAUCCCUGCAGCGAUGAGGCUGGCUGUCUUCUGCUGCCUUAUGGCGCUGAUCGUCGCCGACAAGGAAGCAAGAAUUAAAAACUACCAGUUUGGCAUAGAAGACGACGGAUCUUUUGAAGCCGUGUAUGAAACCACGAACGGCAUAUCGGCUGCGGAGGACGGGGUGUCGUACCCCGGCCUGGAGCCGGAGACGGGCAACUACGUCAAGAGCGGCUCCUUCUCCUACGUAUGGGAGGGCGUCACCUACACCGUCACCUGGACGGCCGACGAGAACGGCUUCCACCCGGAGGGCGACCACCUGCCCGACUUCAGUCACACACGCGAGCAUAUCGGCGACAUAUCCGACAUCGAGAAGUGACUUGAGACCAACUCCGAAAUCGAUCCCAGCCCGACCGCAGGAAGUUAGCCGAGUCCGACCAUGAGAAUGGAUCCGUAGGCCCGGCCAACUCUAGUGACCCUUUGUGUUUUAUGAAUUUUAUGUCCAAUUGUUGAGCUCCGCUCCGUGUGCUAUCGUAGUCCUUUGACCACGUUUCGCUCCGUGUCUUAUGUCUAGUCCCGUGUUCUGUCUUUCGACUGCGAAUAUAGGCAU